AUGCCUGUUCUUCCCUCGCUGGACGGCUCCUCCUUCGAUGCCGAUAUCCUUGACCGACAUCUGAUCUAUGAUUAUGCCGUGCAGGACGACAAAGGAAACGCCGGAAAGUGGCGCUAUGAAAUGUGGUUUUACAACCAGGACCGCAUCGUCUAUGAGAUCCAUGGCGGUCCGAUGGCUGGCCGGAGAAAUUUCCAGUCAGCCACCUACCAAUGCAUUCGGCCGGGUGAGCUCUGGCAGUGUAACUGGCUUGAGGAAACCGGAACGCUGUGCUCGUUGGUGUACGACAUACCCCGCAAACGCAUCACCACCUUGCUUGGGUUUUCCAAGGGACACUGGGAGCAGAAUGAGGCAGCACGCGGCGAUAAACGAAACCCAGAAGAUUUCGCAAGAUGGAGAGACUUGGCGAAGAUCGGCACUCAGGUGCAACGGACGCUGUUGAGCGAGCAGGCAGAGAUUGUGGAGGAUUUCCGUGGUCCUGGGAAGUUGGAAUCCAUUGAGAUGGACUGGCCAACGUUAUAA